AUGCAUCAUUACUACCGAAUUGUGAGGGAGAAAUUGGUUCCUUUUUCGUUCAGAAAAACUUUUCCCAUUUUCAGGACCCUCCGAUAUGUUCCAGAGGAAUCCAAAGACAAAGUUAUCUCAGAUGAAGAUGUCCUAGGAACAUUACUGAAAGUUUUCCAGGCUCUAUUCAUAAAUGAUUUCAAUAAACAAUCAGAUAUCUUGACUGUGCUUCCAGAACCUGUUAAAUCAAAAUAUCAAGACCUACUGUCAGUUCAGCAUCAGAGGGUGAAACAUCUUGAAUACAGUCAUGAAGAGCAAAAUACCUUUAAACCAGAAGAAAUUCUUUACAAGACAUUGGGUUUCAGUGUUGCCCGAGCAACUAGCUCAUUGAUUUCUGCUGGGAAAGGUGUCUUCGUUACUAAAGGACUGGUACCAAAAGGCGCGGUUGUAUCUAUGUAUCCUGGUACAGUAUAUCAGAAGUAUGAGCCAAUCUUUUUCCAGUCCAUUGGAAAUCCAUUUAUUUUUAGAUGCCUGGAUGGAGUACUCAUUGAUGGAAAUGACAAAGGAAUAUCCAAAGUCGUGUACAGAUCUUGCAAUGGGAGGGAUCGACUUGGCCCUUUAAAAAUGAGUGAUAGUACGUGGCUAACGUCAGAAAUUCAUAAUCCAUUGGCUGUAGGACAGUAUGUCAACAAUUGUUCAAAUGACAGAGCAGCCAAUGUCUGUUAUCAGGAAUUUGAUGUGCCUGCAGUUUUCCCUAUAGAACUGAAGCAGUAUCUUCCAAACAUCGACUACAGCAAUGACAAACAAAGUCCACUUCGAUGUGUUGUUCUUGUCGCACUCAGGGACAUCAAACAAGGAGAAGAACUUUUUUCAAACUACUAUACAAUUGUCAGCUAACUCUUUGAAUUAGAAAUUAGGUCUUCUUCUCAGCUAUUGAAUUAAUUCCAAAUGUUUUUUGGUUUCUCUGCGUUCUACCUGCAGAACAAAUAUUUUGAAACCUAAUUGAAGUGGGAUUUGUUUUGUUUUUAUUGAUAUUAUAUUUAUGUUUCAAUUCCAAGAUAAAAGCUAUCUGCUUCAUUACAAAUUUAAAUUUGUAAUGCAGUUCCAAUGUUAAUUGGUUUGCUUAAGUACACAGUAGCUUACUAAAUUAAAACCUACUGUCUAAAUUUAAAAUUUCAAUUUUUCUUUUAUUUUGCAUACCCCUGGGGUGUUUUAUCAGAGUUUAGCCAAGUCAUCAGAAAUUCUUGUAUCGUUGAUGUGUACAAACUUCUGUAAAAACUUUAUUUUUACAAAAUAAUCUAAAGCCAAAAUUGUUCAUUGUGUUGCCAUGAGUUAAUAGGGGGGCGGGGGUGGAAUGUGAUUUAAAGAUUGUUUUAGCCGUGUAAGGGGAAAAUGGAAGGUCAUUAUACUAUUUUCUCUACUUUAUUUGAACAUUUACACACACACACAAAUUUUUUAAGAGCAUGAGAGACAUUGUUUCAGCAUGGAAAUUGAGUUAAAAGCUGGUGGUGGGAAGAACACCUGUUCUCCAUUUCUCAUGUUUCAUGGGCUUUCAUUAGUAAUACUCCUGCCUCUCUCUCUCCCCAUUGGACGAAGAGUGGUUUUCUGAGGUUAUUUUGGGAAAAGAACUAGGCACUCAUGGCCUGAACCCCUCUAGUUCCUUCUCUGUGGACUCUCCCAGCAGAGUGUCUUCUGGGAUGCUCUCUGCCCUGUUAAUGAGUUACUUUGAUUUCCAUCGACCUGACUCCUGCAUCCAGAUGUCAGUUUCAAACUUGGAUAGGGAGGAGGGUGUUAUCCAUUGGGUCCCUCAAAUCCUAAAAUGGAACCUGUAUAACCAGAUUCAGACCAACUUCACUGCUGCACCAACAGUUUUUCUUACAUAGUUUAUUUCAAUUUCAAAAGGCUCCUAAUUGCCUUCCCUGUUUCCAUGCUGCCCCCUUUACAGAAUAGAUCAUUAAGAAUGAUUCUUUUAAACAUAAAUCAGAUUCUGACCCAACUCUGCUCAGAACCCUUCUGUAACUCCUACCUUGGAGUAAAGUCCUUCACUACUUCUGAUUGCAUGUCCAGCUCACCCCAAUCUGCCACACCUGCCUCCUUGCCACUUCUUGAACAUGCCAGGCACACUCUCAGCUCAGGCCUUUUGCACUAGUUCUGCUUCCAAAAACUUUCCCCCAGAUAGCCAUUAUAGCUCAGUCUGUCACCUCGCCUAACCACUCUAUUGAAAUUUGAUCCCCAACUGCCACCCCUGAGAAUCCGCCUUCUACUUCUCUAUAGCAUUCACCUGGUAUGUGCACAUAAAUCCAUGACAGCAUCUUAUUCUCAGCCUCAUUUGUCUUUUAUUCGUGCCACCAAGAUUUUGAGAGAUGAGGGGGACUCCUCUUGUAAAAAAGCCAAGCUAUUUGAGCAAGAUCCUGUUACCCAGAACUUUAUGUAAAAUACAGGAACUUUUAACUCCUAUGGACAUACUAGGUGGAGUAUUUAGAAGUGAAAUGUUGCAAUGUCAAAGACUUUUUUUAAAUAAUUCAGAAAAAAAUCCAUGUUAUAUAGAAAGAGGUCAAAUCGGGGAAAAUGUUAAUUGUUUAAUCUAGGUUGUUCUUUAUACUGUUAUCUUAACUUUUGUCUUUAAAGGUUUUUAAAAUUUUUUUAAGUUGGGGGAAAAGUCAUCAUCAGCUUAAGAGUAAUAUAGGUCAACAAACAUUUAGUGAAUACCUGCUAUGUGAAGAGUCCUAGGAGAUUAAAAAAAUAACAGUUCCUGCUAACAAAAUGCUCACAGUGGGAGUUUAAAACUUGCCCAGUACCAUGACUUGGUCUGGACUGCAGGGGUGAAGAUAUUUUUAAAAAAUAAAACAUUAACAUUUAAAAAAAUAGAAUUUUUUUUCUUAUUAGAAUAACUUUUAAAUAUUUGUAAAUGACUUAUUUCUGACAUACUUAUUAAAUGCUUUUAUUAAUUCUACACAGAAAACAAAUUUGUGGCAGUAUUGGCUUUACCUCUGUAAAAACAAUCUCAUCAAAAUCAAGGUACACAAUAGAGCAUGUGUGUCUCUAAAAUGAAUGCCAGCUACAGUAUAUUAAAUCUCUAAAAAUGUGAGCAUUUCUUGUCUAGGACCAUGGAUUGAGUGCCCCUGUCCACUAUUUUGUCAGAGAACCCACAAAGACACGUUGAAGAGGAUAAGGACUAGAGAUCACUUACCUAGGUGGGAAAUGAUAAAACAGUGCUAUGUCCCAGAGACUAAUUUAAAUUAAAAACUGGGGGGAGGAUAUAGCUCAGUGGUAGAGUGCAUGCUUAGCAUGCAUGAGGUCCUGGGUUCAAUCCCCAGUACUUCCACUAAAUAAA